AUGUUUAAGACAGUUUUCCCCCCCAGCUGGGGGACUUUAUUGAAAGAGCAGUAUCUCACUGACAAGGCGGAGGCAGAAAUUAAAAAAGCAUUACAUGAAGCUUUGGUUGAGUGCGCAAAUGAAGGUGUUUCUACUGAAGAUAUCCACAUCUAUAUAGAGGAGAUACUAGGAGAAUUAUUUGAAUUUACAGUCAUAAGGGAGUGUUUACUGAAAGUGUUUCCACGAGUUCAGAACAUGUCCUGCGACUCUAGUUUUACAGGAAUAGCUUGGCAGACAAAUAUAGCAACGAAAAGUUCGAAAACGGAUGUUUCAACAGGUGAAGAUGUAAAUCUCCACGACCUUUCAUGUGAGGAGUUUGCUGAAUUCAUCAGUAAAUACUUUAGUAAACGAAGAAAAGCCCUUGGUGAUAUAUUUAGAAAUGCAAUACUUGAUGAAAGUAUAUCGGCAACUACGUUCGUCGAGAUGACGAAAGAGGAAUUGGAAAGGACGUUUACGCUAUAUUUAGGUUCAAUCAAAUAUGGCGAAGGUAUAAAGAUGGAUUUGCAAAUGAUACAACGUCAAAUAAGAAACGCAGCUACAGAGGUAAACCUUACUGGAAAUGCCGCAACAGAAACACUAAGAACGUUUGAUUCGCCAGUAGAGACUAAAUCUUACAAGUAUGGUAUAGUUAAGCCCGCAACUGGCAAUUUGCUGACUCCAAAACACGAGUUUGUAAAUCUGAUUCCAGAUAAGAAGCACUAUAUUUAUUUCAUUACCAAGGAUGUUGUUCGUUUCACUGCUGCUUGCAUAAAUGGUAGAAAAAAUGGCACGAUCCAUUUUGGAGUAGAACCAAUACAGAAUGGUGCGGGUAGAAUUGUCGGGAUUCCAAAGAGUACACUAUAUCAUAUGAAUUUGAACGAAGAAAUCACGAGGGCAUUGAAAACAUGCUUCGAGAAAAAUGUUUCAGUUGCAAUAAGAUGUGUUCGUCCAGUUCAGAUUGUUCCAGUUGAAGAUGACAAAUCGGUGAUAGAGGUUGACGUGGUCCCGUUUUCAUGUCAUUUGAAUGCAGAUUUGUUGCAUAUCAAAUACCCACCCAAAGGAUCUCAAAGUUUGAAAUGGUUUUUGUGUGACAGCAAUGAAAUACUCCCUGUCAGUUCAUCAAAACUGAAUGAAGUACGUGAUGCAUGUGCUCAAAUAUUGAAACACAGAGAGUAUUUAGAGAAAGAUGCAUUGGUGUAUGAGAAAAAAGGUAAUCAUCUUCAAAACAAACUAAAGAAAUUAAUUACUAGGGGUAAUAGAUAUGUUAAAGAUGAACUUGUGCCCAUAAUCAUCUCUGGCAAGAUAUCUGAUAGCAUUGGGGAAAGAGAAAUCAGAGAACAGUUAGAUGUUGAUAGAGCCUUUACGGCUGCCGAGCUUGUUCUUGAUUUUGAUUCCUCUGUUAGACUCCGUAAUAAGAUUGAAGAAAACAAGUCUUCUUUUUUAGUAAAAACAGCUGAAAAUAUUUUGCAUCCUGGAAAACAAAAGUAUGAAAAGACUGAUAUAUCAGACCACCUCCCAACAUGGUUGUACUGUAAUGGAAAUGACGAAAUUCAGUUACCUGCAAAGUGCUUGAGUGACUGGAUGAGAGAACGAUCCGACGGCGUUAAGAAUUCUCUUUCCCAGUUUAGACAAAUGAUACCUAAAGAGAGAGGAAUUUUGAUAUUUCUAGUGUUUGAUACUCCUAAACAGUACCAAGAACCUCUCUUCGAAGUUGCGAGAGAUGCGUUAUUGUCAACAUUUAGAGGAGAGUGCCUAGUAAUAAGUGACAAAGAUGAAAAUAUCACUUACUUGAAACAGGAAGUUACCAGAAUGUUUGAUGAGUCCACUGCAGACACGUGUUUUGUAACGGGAUUGGGAUGGGAUGAAAUUUCACGGAUAAUGAAUACGGUAUUUCGUGCAAACGCAGAUGUGAUUUGCCGACUUCCUUGCAGUAAAGGGCACUUUGUGGAGAUGACAUUGAAGGAAAAAGAUGAACUGAAGUUAACUGAAAUAGAAAUACUCAGUGGAGAGCAAUGUAUACACGAAGCAGAAAUCAUGGAAGAAAGUGAAAGAAAAGCCAAACGAUACGAGUCCCAAGAGCUGUUUUACAAAGGAGGUCUAGUGACGUGGUGGAACUUCUAUUACGGUAAUCAGGUUGGGAGAAGAUGCCAGUUUGACAUGCACAGAACUGAAAUCAAGGAAAAGAUAAACAAUGAGAAAGGAGAAGGAAUAAUCGAAAUUCACGAGAUCGAGCAUCAUCCAGGGGCAGGUGGAAGUACUCUUGGCAGGCACCUUAUUUGGGAAUUUAGUCAAUUUAAUCUAGAACCUGAUGCAGCAUACAGAUGUUGCGUUGUCAAAACCAUUUCAGAAGAAACCGUUGACCAGAUAGACAGAUUCCGAAGUUUUAAAGAUGCCGACGACACAAAGCCUUUCAUAAUUCUUAUUGAUAAUGAAAGCGAAGAAAACGUUAUGUUGCUCAAAACAAAGCUUUAUGAGUUAGCAUACAAAACAGCAACUCCUGGAAAGCUAUUUUGUCUAAUCAUUAUUGUUAAUAGAAUGUCGAUUACGUAUUCUAAGACAAGAGGAAAACAUCUCUUAAAGCACGAAUUGACUCACAGAGAGAAGGACUGGUUCGAAAACAAAUUUAAAGAAAUGGAAAUGAAGGGUGAUAUGGAUGUGAGAACACUAAUUGCUUUCAACUGCAUGCGGAAUUCAUUUGAUGAAAAGUAUAUCCAAGAAACAACUCAACGAGUAAUGCAAGGGAUCUCGACUAAAGAAAUCGAUGUACUAAAAUGUCUCGCACUUAUAAGCACGUACGAAAGUGAUGAUUCAGUACCACAAAACGUAUUUGAUAGGAUGAUGAAUGAUCAGUUUGACUUGGAGUUGAUAAUGCGUCAACCAUUUGGGAUAGCACAUCACAUAAAAGAAUUAGAUAGGCUCGGAAAACUAAGAAGACAAACAUGGAACGUAAAACUGACGGACGCCAUGCAGCUUUUGCUGACAAAGCGGGAACAUGAAACAUUUAACCAAAGUGGGAUUUGCAUUGUAUCACAGCUGUUGGCAAAAGCGGUUCUAAAUCAUAUAAUGAAAACUAAAAGAAUGUCGCUGGAAGAAAUUGUAGAAUACGUACUGAAACUCGUUGAGGAACAAUCUACAGAAGGGAAUCCAAUGUCAAAGAAAUUUGUGAAAAUAGUUUGCAGCUUGUUUAAAACAAGGCAGUUACUUGAUAGCGAAAAGGGUGAAGCAAAACUAAAAUUCUCAGAUUUGGUUCUUGAACUGGAACAUAUAGUUCAGCCAGAAGAGGAAGAUGAUGCUAUACAAAGAGUUCUUCGCGUUUUGCAACGCUGUUUUGAUAUUACAGAUGAUGCUAUGGUUGGUCAACAACUUGCAAGAUUCAACAUACAUAUUAGACAAUUCGAUGCUGCUGAAACAGCCAUCAAAAGAUCUUUGAGUAUAAGACCGCAAAACUCGUAUCUGCUAGACACGUAUGGCCAAAUUUUUAAAGGAAAAAUGGACUACUUGCUUGAAACAAGUCCGUAUAUCAAAAACAAAAUUCCAGAUGAAGUUGCAGCAGAAAUAGUUGCGAAUGCUUUAACGGCUGUUCAAAAGUUCAGAGAAGGUCAGUCGUUAUCCAAAAAGUAUGAAGAAGACAUAAACUGGAGUUGUUUCCAGAUGGAAGUAAAAAUAGCUCUGAAUCUUUUGGAAAAAUUUUCAAAAUUUUCAUGUUAUAUUAACCGAGAUAAUUUCCUUCGAUUUCUAAACGACAAGAAUUUUGAACUCGAAGGGUCUUCGUUUGCUAAUCUUAUGAUGCUUUGUCCUUCACUUGAUGAUAUAAGAUCCGAAAAAAAGCCACAGCGACAUGUUGCCAUGUCUUUAAGGAGCUUAGAGGAACGAUUCUAUCAAGUAAAGCGCCAACUGUACUCAAUCUACUCAGAGAGUGAGGUGCUAUUAUUGAAACUUAGAGAAAGAUUUGAAAGGUUUUAUGGAACUCCGGGGAAUACCUCACACUACAAGUUCUUAUACGGCAUUGGCCUAAAACCACUGCAGCAAGCUAAAGAAAAAGAUCCGAAAAUCUUGGAAAAGCGAGUUAGAGAAGCAGAAGAAAAUUUAUCGCGCACAAAACUGUCGGAGGCUGAUGAACGAGACUUACUUGUUUAUCUCGGUACAAAGAUCAUAAGUCUUUCCAAUCAACAGGAAGGAGCAGAAGAGUGUUCAAAGGACGACUACAAAAAGCUUUUGGCAUACAGUACACGACUGGUGAACAUUCAGAGCUCGGCAAAGACCUCGGAAAGAUCCUACCUGGAAUCUUAUUUAUACCAUGCCAUGCUGCAUUGGCCUUUAAAGAGCAGAUUAGAUAUGAACUUAGAAGAUAUGUCAGGGCCAACGACAUACAUUCAAUUGAUGGAGAAAUGGGAGUCAGCAUUUAAUAAUAAUUUUUUUCUGAAGACCACGGACCAGAUCCGGAAAAAUAAACCAAAGAAUUAUUUUGCUCUUGCCAAAGGUAUUCCUGGAAAUGACAUUGUUGAUCUAGAGUCCAUCAGACGACAGUGGGUCGAAAUGAAAAAGGACACUGGUCGAAGGCGUAGACCCGUGUACAGGGAUUACUUCUGGAAGGAAAGCUUUGUCGUUGAGAGACUUGAGAGACUUGAAGGUUUUGUAGAUGGAUCAGGUUAUCAUAUUAUACAUAAGGUAGAGUAUCCACAACAUGGCACUAAAACGUUUAAGAUAAACGCCUAUUACCCUUGUAUAGCCCUCAGCAAUCGUGUGGUUACGUUUGUUCUAGGCUUUACAUGGCGAGGACCAACAGCGUUUGAUGUCGACGAAAAGGGACGAAAAGGUCAGAAAAUGGUUGCUUCGGCGCCUGUAGUAGAUUAUGACGAUCAACCAAGCAGUAUUGAAAUUGCUGGAAAUGAUGAUGAUCUUGAAAGUAAUCGUACAGAAUCUACAGUUGAUCAAAGUGGGGGAUCACAAGGUGCAUGCGGCCAAAUGAUUGGACCAAAACAGGAAGAGACAGGCGAUAUAGAAUGCUCUGGUGUUGUUGGAACUGACCCAACAGAUAUUCGAGAAUCAGGUAAUACCGCAGCUGAAAAAGGGAGAACUAGACGUCCUCCCUGGAUGAAGCCGCCUAAAAAGAGAAGACACAGGAAAAAAUAAAUGCAUUUGAUCUGCAGACUGUUUAAUGUGAUCGAAUAGAAGGCAAUAAAGACUAUAAGGUGAUUUCUUGUACCUGACGCAGGAUAAGAUUGUGCAAAUAGUUUUAUAAACUUUAAUUCUAUACAGGAUGUAGUAGAAAUGUACGCUAUAAAUAUGGCGUUCUUGUUGUGUUGCAAUAUUUAUUACUGUCUUAAAUUAUUUCAAAGAUAACAGUUUAUCAAAGAGUCAUAAAUUUUCAAAACUUAAUCACUCGCCCACACCACACUGGAGCUAUUUUGUUAUUUGUAUUGCGGCGAUAACAUGGUCAGAUUACCUUGCUUAGCUUCAGAAAUAUAUCCGGUGAAACAUUGUACUAAGUUCUUGUUUCAUUAAAUUUUUUAAGUAAAAGAUAAUGUGUAUACUCGAGGUCUUUAAAGUUCCUCAUCAAUGAAUAUCAGUUUUUUUCACUCUUGCAUAUUGUAAGCAAAUAUUUCGAUAUUCACUAAUUAUUUGCAUCAAAAUUUAUGCAAUAUGGUAGUUUAUUCUGUGCAUAUGAAGUUCGUGAUACAAUUCAUAUUCUUAUAUGCUUUCUUCUGUUAAAACACUCUUACGCUAGAAUGACUUCACGUUAAUAUGCGAUGACGUCAAUGUUUUUGUUGCGACCAAGAAAGAUUUGGAAGAUUUUAACGCCGUUUUUCAACAGUAUUUCAGUCAUGUAACGGCGGGCAGUUAACCUAACCAGUGUUCCUGGAUUCUGUACCAGUACAGGCAUGUUCUCCGCAAGUAACUGCCAACUUCCCCACAUGAAGCAGAGGUGGAGGACAAAUGAUUUCAGAAACAAUGUAGUUUAUCAAAUAGUCACGGAGAACAUACGCCCAGCCCGACGAUUGAACUCACGACCCCGCGAUCUGUAGACCGACGCUCUACCUACUGAGCUAAGCGGGCUACUAUAUUUUAUCUUCUGUUUUAAAUUAAGGGCAUAUUAGAAUGGAAAUAAUUCAUUCCAAAACAGUGUUUUAACACUAUUUAUAUACUUGGGCGGUAAUACGUCGUACAAAUAGUUUCACUGGGCUGACGUUUAACUGCCCAUCGUGCAUAAAUAGUAUUAAAACACUCUUUUGCUAUAAAUUAUUUAUUAAUCAUACAAAAUUCAGAGCGUGCAAUUAACGAAAUAGAUACAUGCUGAAGUUGAUAACAGCAUCAUGAACAACCAGUUUUGUUUCCAAAUUGCCUUACUUUUUAUUGAACUAAACGUCUUUUUAUUAACGUCAUUAUCAUUUUUUAUUCUUGUUAAAAUAGUGUGUUUUGCAAAAUACUCUAUUGAAACGGUAUAACGCAACAAGAUCAACACGAUCCAGUUAUUUUUGUGUAGGAUAGUCACCAUAAUUACACUGGGCGUCAUCUACGUUGGCGUUCACAACGUAAAAAUCAACUUAACUUUGUACCAUUGGAAGUACUGGUUAAUUCAUUUAACAAAUAAUCAAGGCCUUCGAGUGGUUUAUCGUCUGAUUUACCACGGUUCAGAGUUCUGAUGCACUGAUUGUUUUCAUUCUGACAUGCUUAUUGACAUAUUUUAAUAAAUAUUAUGCUGGACCUCACAUUACCGAGGAGUAAUUAUCGAACGUCAUGUGGCAGUUUGACGUUAUAAUUGACGUCAUAAUGUUCUCUUAUCGUCAACCGUUGUUUAUCGCAGAAUAUACAGAGCUUGAUUUCCUUCUUUGUUUAACUGGAAACCAAACCGAGUCAUGUUAGAAUUAUCUUUAAAUGGCGUUAUGACUUUGACGGAUAUCGAUAUUCUCUCCCGACGACCUUAACUCUGUACAUCCGCAUUAAAGUAAGCCGAAUUUGAGAUUGAUGCAGUCGCACUUUGUGUAGCGUAAAAUAAUCACUACUUAAAUACCGUUUUUCUAAUGAUCAUUAUUCAUAAAUAUCCUACAUACACCAUUUUAUUUCAAAUGUUUAGAUGUGGCGCUUUUAAGUUAUUGAGUAUACUGAAGGCAUAGACUAUCAAAAAUGCAUUGAUAAUACAAUAUAGUUAUUUUAAAAGCUUGGUAAACACUAUGACCUGUGUUCUGAGGAGAUUUAUAAAUUAGUUUGUCUUUAGGCAGUAUUGCAAAAAAAAUAAUUUCGUUAUCAGUCUAGUUGUUAGUCUAGCCAUUUCAUUGAAUGUAAGCUUUUGUUUCUGUUUGAUUUACAGCAUAAUCACUAUGUUUGUUGAGUCACUGAACUUGCCUCAUUUCAUGUUUUCAUUCAUUAUUGUUAUCGAAAAAUGAACACGACUUCUUGCUAAACAAGACUGAAAUGUGAAUAGUUACUACACACUAUCCAUGUAAACUUACAAUACGCUUGUAUUAUGUAUAAUCACAUAAAUUGUAUUAUAUAUUCAAGUUAAAUUCAUGUGAUAAUUUAUGUUUAAACUUGAAAUUAACUUGUCGGUUUGUAGUAUGACAUAAAUUGAAUUACUUUUUCAGGUUUAGUAUAUGUGAUAAUUUAUGUGUAAACUUAAAAUAAGCAUGCAACAUAAAUUUUAUAAUAUAUUCAAAUUAAAUUUGUAUGAUAAUUUAUGAGUAAACUAAAAGUAAACUUGUUUAUUUUUAUUAUCACAUGAAUUUGAUUAUAUAUUCAAGUUGAAUUUAUGUGAUAAGGAUUUGCUUGAUUUGAAACAAUGUCUAAAUGUCUAAAUUUGUUGAUAGAGUUGUGUGUAGUAUGUAUAGUAUGCCUGUAAAAAAAUAUUGAUUUUGUUUAUGAUGGAUCAUUUGUUCUGUUACAACAAGAAUGUGCAGACGUCUGAUAUAACAUUAAUAGGGAUUUAUUUUUGAUCUCUUUGUAAGGUUUUUAGUUGUUUCUUUUUCUAUAAAAUAUCGAACAAUUACAAUAAUGAUCUUUAAUAUGAUAUAGAGGAUAUGACGUCACGAUAUCUAUAGCGUAUAACUUUCAAAUAGUCCUAUGACGUUUCCAGACUUCUUUUAGAUUAUUUAAUGAUGGAAGGUAUAUCAUCAUGAUCCUGUAAAUAUUAAUUUAUAUCUAUGUCUUUACUGAAGUAUAUUUUUCAUGAAAUUUUCCAUUAUUUAUAAUUCAUAUUCUUUCGCAUUCAAGUGUAGUUCCGUACCAGUGAAAAAUAAAACUGAUAUUUUCACUGUUUGAAACAGUGAAAAUAUCAAUUUUAUUUCACCGAUAAAUUUCAGUAUUUCAUUGAAAAGCAUAAAAUAAAUAGAGGAUAUUUGUUUAUUUGUAGCGAGAUAUCGAAAUAUAUCAUCACC